AUGCCCCUUUUGCUUCAAACCUUCAACAAGCUCUGUUCCAAGCUCGACAAUCACCACCACCGCCGUGGAUGUAAAUCUUCCUUCUCUGUUUCUCGUCUUCAGGCAUUCGAGGACGACGUAUCAUCUUGCUUGAAUCAACUCUUAUUGUCGACUUCCGAUUUGAAAUCGUUGUCGUUUCGUUGGCUUCUUCAGCUUCUUCAGGGUCUUAUUCCGAGUAUCCAUCAAGCGUUUGCGAAAUUGGUUGUGGAUUUGGAGUAUCCUGUUGGAAAAUGGGGAGCCGAUCUGGUUGAUGGGUAUUUGAAUUAUAGUCUUAAUUUGCUUGAUCUUCUCAAUUCCAUCAGUUUUUCUUUAGCCCAAUUGAGGAAUUCUCGGGUUUCGCUUUCGUAUGCUCUGAGUCUAAUUCAGAGCUCUCCUUUAAUGGCAGUUUCCCGUCUGAAACCGAUUGUUCUGAAGAGAUCUUUCGAAGGAUCGGAGAUUAGAGGAAAUGUGAAAGAUCAGAAGAAGGGUUGCUCCGACGAGGAGUGGGCGAUCGAGAAAGCUUUAGCAACAAUGGAGGGACUUGGGUAUUGGGUUUGUGGAAUUGUGCUUUCUGGUUGUGAGGGAGAUUCAACGGCGUAUUUUGAGAUGAGAAGAUUAGCUGCCGGUGUGACAGUUCCGGCGUUUAAGGUGUUGGAUUCGGUGAUCUUUGCGGUGGUUUCUGCGAAGGGGAGUGUGCUAGAGGAGGUGGAGGAGGUGAACGCUGCGGUGGCGAAGAUCAUCGGCGGUGGUGGUGGCGAGGCGGUGGAGGAGAUGAGGAGGAGAUUGGGGAGAUUGGAGAAGACGGUGGAUGGGAUGGGGAAGGAGGUGGAUGGGAGAUUCUCGGAGGUUCUCGACGGAAGAAGCCGAUUGCUUGAUGUUUUCAGGCAGCCUAAACAUUAA